AGAUUGUGCAAUCAUCAAAAUCGCUGCUGCUACUGCUGCUGCCUGGCAACGGGUGAACACACGAGGUGGCCAAACAGACGCUACACAGCACCAGGGAGUAUGUGAUACAUGCAGCCACUACACAGCACCAGGGGGUAUGUGAUACAUGCAGCCACUACACAGCACCAGGGGGUAUGUGAUACAUGCAGCCACUACACGGCACCAGGGAGUAUGUGAUACAUGCAGCCACUACACGGCACCAGGGAGUAUGUGAUACAUGCAGCCACUACACUACAUCAGGGAGUAUGUGAUACAUGCAGCCACUACACUACAGCAGGGAGUAUGUGAUACAUGCAGCCACUACAUGGCACCAGGAAGUAUGUGAUACAAGCAUCCACUACACAGCACCAGGGGCGUCGAAUCCUGGACAAGACAAUUGAAUUCUGGACCGGUCUCGCCACACAAGCGGCUCAUCAGCAGCAGAGUCUCUGCUCAACGCCGGGUUGCCAUGUACGAAGCGGGGCUAUGCGAGACCCUGUGUCGCGUUUGCGAAGAAUCUGGACUCAGCCCAAACCCCAGAGUUCGGGACUCCCUGCAUUGCCUGGACCGGGACCAGAUCACGGGAAGGAGCUCGCCCUCAGGGCUGCUGGACCUCAGCGGCGGAUUCCGCCCGGACGGGCUGGAGGCGUCCGUGCCGACGCGCGUCUCCGACGGGGACGUCCUCGCCUUGUGCCGGGUGUUCGCGUGCCUCCCGGGUCGCGUUGACGGCCUGAACUUGCGCUGUAAUCUCAUUGCGGACGAUGGAGCCGAGGCGAUAGCAUCACUCCUGCAGGAGGAAUCAUGUUGGCUCACAUCGCUGGAUCUGUCUCUCAAUGACAUCGGACCACGUGGGGCCAGAGCCCUUGGACAAGUUCUGCAGACGAACCGUUCACUCAUGAGCCUGAACCUCGCUGGGAACAAGGUGGGGGAGGAGGGCGGUGUGAGCCUGGCCACUGCCCUGCAGACCAACGUGGGCCUGCGAUCCCUGGACCUGCACCACUGCGACCUGGGUACGGACAGCAUCAUCGCCUUCUCAACGGCACUCAGCUAUAACAGCAGCGUGGAGGAGCUCAACUUAAGCCGACCGCUGCUCUUCAGCUUGCAGGAGGAGACGACGGUGCACGUGGCGCGGAUGCUGCGCGCGAACCGAGCCCUGCGCACGCUCCGUCUCGCCAAGCACGGCGUGCGAGACUUCGGCGCUCGGCGGCUGAGCGAGGCGCUCGCAAGCAACAGCUCGCUCACCCACCUCGACCUGAGCUGCAACCUGAUGGCGCGGGACGGCGCGGCGAGCCUCGCGCUCCUGCUGAAGCAGGGCUCCUCCCUCCGCGUCCUCGACCUGGGGUUCAACCGCAUCGGGGACGCAGGGGUCACGGCGCUCGCCAGGGCUGUCGGCAGCUCCGGUCGCUCUCCCCUGCACACACUGGUGCUUGUGAGCAACGGCGCCACGGGAGAAGGCCUCAGGGAGCUCGCCGUGGCCAUGACCACCAACCGGACCCUGCGCUCCGUGCACAUCUGGGGAAAUAAGCUCGACAGGGUGGCGUGCCAGGUGUUCGCAGAGCUCCUGAAGAGCGGGCGGCUGAAGGAGAGGCAUGCGGACGUGAGCGCGUACGAGGUGGAUGGACGCCCGUACCUGGCCCAGCUCCAGGUGAAGUCGCCCCUGCUGCGGAUUGAGGUCGCGACCUCUUCUCCGACGUCGCCCCCAUCAUCGCCCCCAUCAUCGCCGUCAGCGUCGCCGCCGCCGUCGCCCUUGGCGUCCUCGCUCGACGAGUGGUGACGCCGUGAUGGCGGAGGCUGUUCAAGUUCAAACUAAACGAUGUUUUGUUUCACUACGUAAGCCCCAAAGAGCUAUAUAGCUCAAUUUCGAUUUGUGUUGUGGCCGAAACGUCGUGAGAAUAUUAUUGUGUAUUUUAUUUUAUCAAUUUAUUAUUUUAUU